AUGUCAACAUGGCGUCAGAUGAGGAUAAAGAUACACUUUAUUGCAUUUGUAGGCAACCCUACGAUGAGAAUGAGUUUAUGAUUGAGUGUGACAUAUGCAACGAUUGGUUUCACGGAAGUUGUGUCGGAAUUCUAGAACAUCAGGCACCAGAUAUUGAAAUUUAUCAUUGCCCUAACUGUGCUGUUCGCAACGGGCCAUUAGUUUUGAAGCAAAGAAGAAAUUGGCAUCGCCAUGAUUACUCUGACAGUGGCGCAUCAAAGGCUGUGCAGACAGGCACUGUUGUGUUUAUUAAAGAACUCAAGAGUAGACCAUUCCCAUCAGCUGAUGAACUUCCCAUUCUUCGGUUGCCCGGUCAUGCACCGAGCAAGAAUUACUUUGACAAGCAUGGGUUUGACGUUCCAAUUCUGAUAGAGAACAAGGACGGGCUAGACCUGAAAGUUCCACCCCCUAGCUUCACGAUACAGGAUGUUGAAGAUCAUGUCGGCUCGAUGCGGGAGAUAGACGUUAUAGAUGUAUCUCGUCAGGAAGACUAUAAAAUGCUGAUGCGGGAAUGGACAGAUUACUAUAACAGUACUGACAGAGAAAAAAUCCUCAAUGUCAUCAGUCUGGAAUUCUCAAAAUCAAGGAUGUCUGAGCGUGUUGAAGUCCCCCGCGCAGUUCGAGAGAUAAGCUGGGUGUGUAACGGGGUCUGGCCCGACACUUUGCCAGAAGAUUGCACAUACUCUAAGCCCGAGGUGCAGAAAUAUUGCCUCAUGGGUGUAAAAGACAGUUUUACCGACUUCCAUAUUGACUUUGGCGGGACAUCUGUGUGGUACCAUGUGCUUAAGGGAGAGAAGGUGUUUUUCCUGAUCCGACCAACCAACGCAAACCUAGGAUUGUAUGAAACAUGGCUUGGAGCUUCUAAUCAAAGUGAAUUGUUCUUCGGUGAUCAGGUGGAUAAAUGUUACAAGUGUGUGAUCCGACAGGGGCAGACAAUUAUGAUUCCCACGGGCUGGAUUCACGCUGUGUUUACACCACUGGAUUCACUGGUGUUUGGCGGCAACUUCCUUCACACCUAUAACAUCCCUCUCCAGCUGGAGGUUUAUGCAAUAGAGAAACGAGUAAAGACCUCAGAGAAAUAUUUGUUUCCAUCUUAUGAAACCAUCAACUGGUAUGCUGCUAAAUAUGUGCUGGACACAAUGAAAGAAUAUAUAGAAGAAGGUCAGAAACCUCCAGACUACAUUUAUGAGGGGGCGAAGGCUCUAGUUUACCAUCUCCGAUCCUGGACUCAGAGAAAAGAUCUCAACCUGAUACUUUAUGCAAAAUCAGCGAAGCAUGACGUUCCAGAACACAUCCAAUAUGGCCGCCUGCUGAAGGAUCUUGGGAAAGAAGUGAAGUCAUGCGAUGAAAUUAUGAAGCCCAGCUCAAAGCCUCGUCCUGAAAGAAAACACAAGAAAAAGAAAAAGGGUGCGAGCAAGGCGAUCGAGGGGCUCGAUAUUCUCGACAUGCACACGCACUCAAAACUGCAGGAGAUGGAGCAGGAACGGCACAAUAUCUACAACUUUGAUCAGGAUGAAGAUGGUGACAUGACCUCCCCUGUGCGAGUUCCAAAGCCCGGAGCUUUCACAGAAUCGUCGGAGAGUGAUUCCCCAGAUAAGAUCAACCCUCGAACCUCGCUAACACUGAAAGUCUCAAAUGGCAAAAUUGUGAGUGACCGGAAGGUUCGAAAGGGUGAGUUCCAGCCAUUGGUUGGCAGCGAACAUGAAGACAGUGACAGUGAGGGGCUGGUUGUGGACGAAAACCCGAGCAAGGCACGGAAAUCUAGAGACUCAAAAACACCAAAGCUCAAGCUCAAACUUUCAUUUCACCACCCUCAGCCACCAUCAGACAUCAAAUCAGAAACCUCAGAUCUCGCCGCCCUGGAGAAGCCCCCAGUCCUACCCAACCAUCCCCUCACCUCACCCCCUAGGGCAGCACUUAAACCAACCCUAGGGUCACCGAGGGGACCAACAUCUCGCAAGACAUUCACUGUGCCUCCAAUAUCAACGCUUCUGCCUCCAAAGUCUCAGAGUUCAGACAUUAGUCGCGUUAGUCAAACAAUAAAAUUGGAAAUGAAAUCUUCAUCAUCUACUGCUGUAAAAAGUGAUUUGACGCUUAGUGACAUUAUUAAAAACCAGUCUAUGAACAAUACUCUCUCUACCAUUGGAAAAGUAGAGCCUUUAAGUGCAGGCGUAGGGGAGUCUAGUUUAGAGCAGGAAUUACGGAGAAAUAUUCCGACAAUACGUGGAGGGCUCAAUGGAAGUAUAGCGGAUAUUUUGGAAGCAAGCGGGUAUGGGACAGAAACUGCCUUUACUGUCGAUGAGGAGAAUGAUCGAGCACCAUCUCCGAGCAUGCGUGAGGCAAUUCAGGGAAUGUUGUCAAUGUCCCGGGGUGGGCUUACCGGAAUGCAGCUGUUUUCGCGGGCGGAGAGCAGACGACAAGCAAUACGGGCGCGAAGCGGGCUGGCUGAAGAAGACGAGGUGGAACAAUUAUCAAAAUGCUACCAGGAUGAUGAAUUUGUUUACCCAACCCUAGAAAUGGAUGAGGAAGAACAAGAACAAAUGUUGAAAGCCCACAGUAAACCUGGCAAAGAUGAAACCUGGAACCCGAAAGCUCGAGUGAAUAUCUCGGUGCCGCUUGGUGAGAGGACACAUAGAGAGGGAGCCGUGAAGGAAUCAGUGAAAAACAGCCUCGAGGCGUCCUCAGCAAAAAUUGCUGCUGCACCAAAGGUAAAGCGUCCAUAUAAGAAAAAGCCGAAACUUGAGAUGGACGUGAUGCCCGGCCCGUCCAGUUCCUUUAUGUCCCCAGGGCAGUCACCUUCUGCCUUUAGGCCAGGCCUUACAGUAGCAGGCGCUCCAGGGAGUGACGCUCUGAAACGCAAGAGACCGAAGAAAGGGGAGGCAACUGCCAAGCAACGGCUCGGGAAGAAACUCAAGAUUCACAAACUUGGCAUGCACUAAACACUACAUUGUUGUUCGCAUUGCAUCUUUGUGUUAUGAAUACCAUAAAUACCAUACAUUUGUUUCUAUCAACUGCAGACCGCCUUAAAAAAGCACUAGUUCUGAAAUCAGCAUUGAGAGCUUUUAACAUCGACUUUUGUAAUGUUGUCAAGAUUAGAUAUUUGUUUUAUUUGCUUCGACCUUUGCAUCAAUAACAGUACGAAGUACCUCAAAGAUUUUAAAUUACUUUAUAAACAAUUUAAGAAGGAGUCAAAACCCCUUAUACCCUACUUUAAGAACAAAUUUCUCGUACUAAAACAGAACCCCAAGGAUUGACAGUAACCAACCUGUUGCAACCCCUGAAAUUACUUAUUGAGGAUUUUAUUAGCCUGUUGUUGUUUUUUAAGAAAAUGUCAAGGUAUUGUCAUCACAUUUGGUGUUGUCCUAAUCAUUGUUGGUGUUGUUGUCAUUGUAGUGCACAAACUUCUAACCUUGGCCACAGCCCAAAAACCUUGUAAGAUAUUCACCUGAAACUUGGUACACAUGUUGCAUAAGACAUUACGCGAGUGUAAAGUGAGGCCUUAAGCUCUGGUUUUAAUCAUUGUUUUAGUAAGGUCCUUUUUUGACUAAUAAAUAUCAAAAUGACGGUCCCGCAAUGAAGAGUUAUUUGUUUUGAUUCCCGUUUGUGUUUUCAACUAACAUUCAAGCUAAAGUUCUGUUCUUACAAAUUAGCACACACAAUAUCAGAAAUAUGCCACUGUAAUAAUCUCACUUAACAACUCAGGUCUUUAAUGAAAUCGGGCACUAUGAUAGGUUGAUGAAAAAUAGAAAUGUAUUAUUUUGUCUGCUUGUUGUGCAUGUAUAUGUUUUGCAAUUUUUCUCCACAAUAUCUCUAGCAAUAUUCUGCCAUGACAGUUAUCAAAAUUAGACGUUUGGAUGAACAAGAUUGAUUUUUACAUAAGUGCUUGGCAUCCAAGUUUUUAACUAUCUUUGCUAUAUAGAGUCCAGAAUUUGAGCAAGCCCAAAAUGCACUUGACCAGUGCAGGGCUUGCGGGCUUGUGCUAAUUUUGACCACUGCCUUGAUUGUUUGGGUAACCCUUAUUAUUGGGAUAUCAUCAUUAAGACUACAUACAUGCACUUUUUUUUCCCAAUCACAAUCAUAAAGUAAUAUAAUCAUGUAGGAAAAUAAAUAUAUUGAUCUCAGAGACAUUUGUAUUUAAGCAGUAAUCACUUAUCUGUUAGCCGCUGAAUAUUUUUGGCCAGUAAAAUCAUUAAAUAUAUAGUUUUUUUGACGCAAAUAUGUUGUAUUUUGGUCUGACAGUCAUAAACCAUUAUCAAAAUACAUUAAAACAAAUCAUAUUAACAUAUUCACACAGAAAUCACUUAUAUUAAUCUAGAUAAAUGAGGCAACGCCAUUUGGUCCAGAACUGGUCACGCGGUGACCCCAUAUUUUUCCAUAUUGGGUCACCAAACUUAUUUUGUACCAAAAUGGCGUCUUUUUUCCGAUUCCGAUGAAUAUUCCGAUUAAUAAAUGAAACAUUUAAACAUGUGAACAGGUUGUCAACAUGAUAUAUACAUUACGGGGCUUGUUGGAAUUGACCCUAAUUGGAUUUACGGGGCGCAUGAAACCAUUUUGUAUGGUUUCCUUUGCCCCGUAUAUCCCAUUUUGGGUCACCUACUAGCCUCAUAACUUAUAAUAUUCCACAGAAUAUAUUAUGUUCAGGAAAAUGUCAUAUUUUUACUGUCGAAAGAAAAUCAUGUUGCAAAAUGGAAUACACAAUACAUGUUUCAGACUGAGGAGAAAAAUUGUUUGUUCCGAGGAUUUGAAAUAGGUAUUGUCAUUAUAGGACUCUUUUUAUAAAAGAUGUCACAGAUUACUGCACGUUAAGUAGUAAAAUAUGAAUGAGUCUGUUUAAUUAAUAUUUGUAUAGUGUAAUAAAAAAGAGUCUAUGUUAUAAACAUGUAAUGAAAUGAGAUCGUUUACCUGUAUGCUACAUAAAUAUACAUAUCAAGUUGUUAAGUGCUAUUACAAUAACAAGCCAAUUAAAACUGCCAAAAUUAUAGUUAUAUAUCCCUACUUACAUAUUAUUCCUUUCAUUCCUUUUUAAAAUGAAAAAAGUAUGUCUAUAAAGAUGAAUAUUGUAUAUAUAUAUAUAUAUAUAAUUUUUUUGCUGAAUGUUUCACUUAAGUAAUUUCCAUCCUGACAUUUAAUUGAUAAGAGAAAAAAUUGAUCAUCACCACUCUCAAAAAUGACAGACUUUGUUGAACAAAAGAAUGUAUAGAAUCAAAGUCCAUGUGCAUUCAUAUGUGAAAGGUGUAUCAUGUGACUUGAGUAGAUCUCUCCUUUGGUUUAUUACUGAUGUAUAUAAAUAUCCGGGUGGUUCAGCAUCAUGUUAAUUAUAGGAAUGGAAAUAGAACAUUAAUGCCUAUAUGCAAGCAUUCAGAAAAUGAAAUAUAUUUUACAAUUCAGGCUGUUGAUGUAAAAGAAGUAAUGAUAUUAUUUGUUUUUCUGAAAUGGUAAAUGUUAUGCUUUUCGGGGAAGAAUGAAAGUAGACCAAGUGUUUUGUAACAUUGCAAGCUACUGUUUGAAUUUGAUUUAAGAGUACAAUUGAUGCAAUUUUUAAAACACUCUUUCAAAUUUUAAGAUUUAGGGCCCAUCUCAAUAACAUGUGUACCAUACGAUCAUCUUUUUUUCAAAUUAAUAUUCACGAGUACAGUCAAAACCAGUUGGCUCGGUAUCCCAUGCCAAAAUACUUCAAGGCUUGCGAAUAUUAAGCCAAGCUGGAAUGAAGAGUAGAACAAAAUCAGUCCAAAACAUACAGUUUGUGCCAACGAGGAAAUCGAAACCAAGCGAUAUUGAGCCAAAGGGUUUCGACUGUAGUUAUAUUUUUAUUUUGAAACAAACGGCUUCAUUGGUCAGUGUUGGCAAAUUAUAGACAGGUAAAACCCUUACUUUGAAUAGGAUGCUCUGAAAAUAAUUAUUCUAUGAUAUUUAGUUAUUGAUGAGAUUGGCCCCCACAGUUACUUUGUGAGUAGUUUUUAUUUAGUGUUAUUUACAUCAUUUCGUUUCUGGAUUGUUAAGGGUUUAUUUAGUAUUUCAAUUUGAUCUGUAUGACAUUUUUGUUUUACAACAUUAAGUGUUUAAGGAUGUUUCAUGUAUAUACAACAGGUGCAUACACGUAUACAUGUAUUUUUAAUCAUGUAUUGUUUAAUCUAAAAGUAAUAAUUGUACAAAUUUCCAUCAUUUUGUGUUUGUAUAAUUAUUUAUGUAUUUAUUCUCAUACAAAUUAUUACAUUUACAUGUAUGUACAUAGGCAUGGAUUCAUUUCGGCUCAUCUGAUCAUCGAAGAUUAACUGAUGAGGUAUGGUCCUAGCCUUGGCGUCAUGCAAAAACUUACACCCUAAACUGUUUAAAAUACUCAAAUGAAACUUGGUUCACACGUUGAAAGAGAGAAAGUAGCAAAGCCUAUAGUUCUGGCAUAAAUAAUUGUCAUGUUACGCCCCUUUUUCAACUGAAAAUCAACAGAUGAGCGUUAGAGUUUUUUCUGCAGAGCUCUUGUUUUGUGUAUAAAUAUGUAAAUAAGAUCAGUAUUUUAAACUCGACAAGAGCUAGUUUUUAGUUUGAUCCAUUGUGCUGUUAUUCAUAAAGCAACCAAGUGAUUUUGUUCAAAACUUUCAAUCUUAUUUGCCUAAACAAUCUUAAUUGUUCUAUAAAAAUUGAUUUAUAAUAAUAAGGCUUUUUUCAGGCAUGGUUUGUUUUUUCUUUCAUUCAACAAUAAAUUGCAAUAGAGAAUGAGAUGAAGACAGCCUUUGGUCAGAGUCAGUCCAUGUUCAUUUGUUUAUCAAGGAAUUUAAUCGGCCAGUAGAUUGAAUGGAAUCACUGUGGUCAGUGUAAGAGUAACAUUUAUAUUGAAUACUGGCCCGGGGUUCUAAACAUACAAUGUAUUUUCAUUGGUUUAACAAAUAAGAGGGGAUUAGCAUAAUGCCAUUUUUUUUUUUUAAAUAACUUGUGUUGCUUUAUGAAUACAGCGCCAGGUCUGAUAUGUGUCAUAAAUGUUCCUUCUAGUCUGUUAAGCAUUAUUGAUUUGGCUGCUCUUUUUAAAGUCAAAUCUUACAUCUUUUGGGCAAAAUCGUCUCUUUUCUAUUAUGAACUUGGCUUCCAUGUAUAGAACAAUUGAAAAUGGCAUUUUAUAGAUGCUUUGUAAAAUAAAAGGUUCAACUGAAAAAAGUUAAAACGCUAUUUUGCAAAUAUUAAUUCGCCGUUGAUUGCUGUUUAUUUUUGUCAAAUUCUCUCACAUGCAUUUUAUUCUAUAAACAUUUUUUUCCCACUAUGUCAUGGCAGCUAAAUGCAUAAGUAAGUUAUAUGAAUGUGUACUUAAGCAUAACUGAGGCAUAUAAAAGACAUAUUAAACCAUUUUCAUUGAUGUAUUCUCUUCUUUAACUGUUUUAGUCCCCACAAUCUUUGUAUAUGAAUUCAUACAUUUAGAAUCAUAACUUUGUACCUGAAAACGAAUAAAACUACACAAAAUCUG